AUGCGCUUCGUUCUUGCUCUAGCUGGUAUCGCGUUCUCCUACAUUUCAUCGACUUCCGCACAUCCUCACAAGGAAACGUCGAUGCCUGAAGCUAUGCUUCACAAACGCUCGCACGCGACUUCGCGUGGGCUGAGCCACUGUGCGGAUUCCAUCUCCAAGCGCGCAGGCGGACUCGCGGAGGAACGUCGCCGAAGUCUCCAGCAACGCAAAAUAGAGGACACCAAGCUCGCUGCACGCAACUGGAACUCCCGAGGACUCGAAGAGAGAGCCAAGUACGCCGAGAUCCAAAACGACACCUGUCUUUUGUCUCCCGACACCAUCUUUGGUCCUUAUUUCGUUGACGGCGAGUUGUAUCGCCGCGAUGUGCGGGAGGGCAAUGAGGGUAUUGAUAUGUACCUUGACAUCGGGCUGAUCAAUGCAGAUACUUGUGAACCGAUCUCCGGAGCCUACAUUGACUUUUGGCACUGCAACGCUUCCGGUGUCUACAGUGGUUACACCGGAAUCAACCCCGACACUGUAGAAGCUUACGAAGGUGUAACCCUUCGAAGUGACGGAACAACCGAUGACGAGACAUUCCUCCGAGGAUUCACUGCCACUGACGAGAACGGAAUUGCAGAAUUCCUUUCCAUCUUCCCAGAUUAUUAUGCGAGCCGCACGACUCACAUCCAUAUCGCUGUACACAUUAACGGUUCUGUUUCCGAGGACGGCACGAAUACUCUAGCUACCUCGAGUAUCCAGCACGUCGGACAACUUUUCUUCAACGAGUCUCUCAUCAACGAAGUAUACGCCAUGGACCCCUACACCGCUCACUUGAGCACAUUGGACCGGGUCACCAACGAUAAUGACAGCAUCUACUCCGUUGCCAAUGCCGAUGGUUACAGUGCUGUGAUCUCCGCGCAGCUCCUUGGGUCUACCUUGGCCGACGGUAUCGUCGGCUAUAUCACCGUCGGUGUGAACGUUUCCGAAACCUUCGACACCAGUAACUCCAAUCCUAUCGGCGUUAUCCCCACUGUCUCUCUGAGCGCCGGUGCCGAAGCGUCUGCAAGCGCUCUUGACGCUGCUGAGUCCUUGACUGUGUAG